CGUCGCACUUCGAGGAGUUACAACCCCACCUCGGAAAACGUGGGCGUGGCCUUCGCACCUGAUUAUCCUUUAAGCAAGUUGCUGGCGGUUCAUGCAGAAGUGCUGACCUCGUCUUCCUCCGGGGGUUCGGGGUUAACCCCGGAGCCCCCGCCGGAGAAUCGUUAAAAAUGGAACCAUCCGGUGGGGAUACCGUCGCUUUAAAAAAUGGUGCAUUGCCCUGUGACUUCUUCCACACCUGCUUUGCCCGAAGUUCUUACAUACAAAUUCUACUAGUCACACUUGGCCGUUCAGUGCAGUUGCUGAAUUAAUAGAUAAUGCUUAUGAUCCUGAUGUGAAUGCUAAACAGAUAUGGAUUGACAAAACGGUGAUAAAUGACCAUAUAUGCUUGACAUUCACUGAUAAUGGGAAUGGUAUGACUUCAGAUAAAUUACAUAAAAUGCUAAGCUUUGGCUUCAGUGACAAAGUCACCAUGAACGGUCAUGUCCCAGUUGGAUUGUAUGGGAAUGGCUUCAAGUCAGGUUCUAUGCGUUUGGGUAAAGAUGCAAUCGUGUUUACCAAAAAUGGAGAAAGCAUGAGUGUGGGCUUCUUGUCUCAGACCUACUUGGAAGUCAUAAAAGCAGAACAUGUUGUUGUCCCAAUAGUGGCGUUCAACAAACACCGACAGAUGAUAAAUUUAGCAGAAUCAAAAGCAAGCCUUGCAGCGAUUCUGGAACAUUCUCUAUUUUCUACGGAACAGAAAUUACUGGCAGAACUUGAUGCUAUUAUGGGUAAGAAGGGGACAAGGAUCAUCAUUUGGAACCUUAGAAGCUACAAAAGUGCAACAGAGUUUGAUUUUGAUAAGGAUAAAUAUGACAUCAGAAUUCCUGAAGAUUUAGAUGAGACAACAGGGAAGAAAGGGUACAAGAAGCAAGAGAGGAUGGACCAAAUUGCUCCUGAGAGUGACUAUUCCCUGAGGGCUUACUGCAGUAUAUUAUACCUAAAGCCGAGAAUGCAGAUCAUCUUACGUGGACAGAAAGUGAAGACACAGCUGGUUUCAAAGAGUCUUGCCUACAUUGAACGUGAUGUUUAUCGACCCAAAUUUUUAACUAAAACUGUGAGAAUUACUUUUGGAUUCAACUGCAGAAAUAAAGACCAUUAUGGGAUAAUGAUGUAUCACCGGAAUAGACUCAUCAAAGCUUAUGAAAAAGUUGGAUGUCAGUUAAGGGCAAACAACAUGGGUGUUGGAGUAGUGGGAAUUAUAGAGUGUAAUUUCCUAAAGCCAACUCAUAAUAAACAAGAUUUUGAUUAUACUAACGAGUACAGACUGACAAUAGCAGCACUAGGAGAAAAGCUGAAUGAUUACUGGAAUGAAAUGAAAGUGAAGAAAAAUUCAGAGUAUCCUCUAAAUUUGCCAGUUGAAGAUAUUCAGAAACGUCCUGAUCAGACAUGGGUUCAAUGUGAUUCUUGUCUAAAGUGGCGGAAAUUACCAGAUGGAAUAGAUCAGCUUCCAGAAAAAUGGUAUUGCUCCAAUAACCCUGACCCACAGUUCAGAAAUUGUGAUGUUCCAGAAGAACCUGAAGAUGAGGAUUUGGUGCAUCCUACUUAUGAAAAAACCUACAAAAAGAAAGACAAGGAAAAAUUCAGGAUCAGACAACCAGAAAUGAUCCCUCGGAUUAACGCUGAACUCUUAUUUCGGACACCCCCCGUGUCAGGUCAAAGCUUUUCUCCUGUGAAGGAAAGUGUUCCAAGAGGACAUCUUUCAGAAGUGGCAAAUACUUAUGCACCGAGACUUAUAAAUAAUCAUCGAGGUUCACCCCAGUCUGAACCUGAGAACAACAACCUAAAACGGAGACUUUCUACUCGUUCAUCAAUUUUGAAUACAAAGACUCGGAGAUUGAAUAAUCAAGCAUUUGAAAAUGCAACUUAUAAAGAUGAUGAUGAUGAAGACGUCAUCAUAUUAGAAGAAAACAGUACUCCCAAACCUGCAGUAGAUCAUGACAUUGAAGUGAAGUCAGAACAGAGUCACAUCGAGCAAAGUGGUCAUCAGGUUGAGCCUGUGGCUGAUAAAGAACCUUGUGCCCAGACUGGUUCAUCAAGCACCUUAUCCUCCAGGUGUGAUCAGGGAACUACUGCGGCCACCCAGACUGAAGCUCCAAGUAUAGUUGUUAAAAAGGAAGAAGCACUUGAAGACGAGAUAGAUGCACGAAAUGAUACAGCUGUGCCACCAUCCUGUGUGGAAGCUGAAGGAAAGACCCAAGAAACCCAGGAAACCUUUGAAAAAUCUGUGGGUGACGCUAGUUGCCAAUUGAAUGAACUGAGAAAUGAGCUGCUUUUAGUUACCCAAGAAAAAGAAAAUUAUAAAAGACAGUGUAAUGUGUUUACUGAUCAAAUCAAAGUGUUACAGCAGAGGAUACUGGAAAUGAAUGACAAAUACGUGAAGAAGGAAACUUGCCAUCAAUCUACUGAAACUGAUGCUGUGUUUUUACUUGAAAGUAUUAAUGGCAAAUCUGAAAGUCCAGACCAUAUAGCAUCUCAGUAUCAACAAGCUUUGGAAGAAAUAGAAAGGCUGAAGAAACAGUGUGGUGCUUUGCAACAUGUAAAGGCCGAAUGCAGUCAGUGUGCCAGCAAUGAAAGCAAAAGUGAAGUGGACGAAAUGGUUGUGCAGCUUGAUGAUGUGUUUAGACAGCUAGACAAAUGCACUGUUGAGAGGGACCAGUAUAAAAGUGAGGUUGAAUUAUUGGAAAUGGAAAAAUCACAAAUCCGUUCACAAUGUGAAGAACUGAAAACUGAAAUUGAACAAUUAAAAUCCACAAAUCAACAGUUAGGAGCAGAUGUUUCAACUUCAAGUAACAUAGAAGAAUCUGUAAAUUAUACUGACGGGGAAAGCCUCAAACUCCGAUCUCUUCGAGUUAACGUAGGACAGCUGUUGGCCAUGAUUGUACCUGAUCUCGAUCUUCAGCAAGUGAAUUACGACGUUGAUGUGGUUGAUGAAAUUUUAGGACAAGUUGUCGAACAAAUGAGUGAAAUCAGUAGUACUUAAGGUCUAUUUUAUGUGAGAUAAUAAAAAGAUUUGCUUGGUCCUGUGGUUGUAUAGCUUUCAGAGUUGAAACCAUUUUGUUUUAUAGAUAUGACAGGUGACAGGCUGAAGAACCAUGAUCUUACUGUAUUCUAUGCAUUCAAGUGUGGUCACAGAUACUGUGGGCACACGGUCACACCUUUUGAAAUGCCUGCAAAUCGUUCUUAACUGAGCAGCUGAACAGCUAACUCAUGAUUCUGUUUUGAAGUGUAAAUACUUGUAAUUAAGUCUGCACAUAUUUUUUUAUUACCCUAGAGGACUUAAGUGUUUUUCACCAAGAGCUUUUCAGGUUACCCCUAACCUUUGUGCAAUUUUUUCUGGUUCCCAAAGUGUAUUUUUCUCUGAAGCGAGGGCUGUGCCAUAAUACAAAUGGGAAUGUUACCUUUGAUUUUCUUACAGAGAAGUUUAAACAGGAUUUUUUAAAAAUGGAAUUACGCUCCUGAUAAGAUAAGUUGUAAGUGAAUUGAACAUUAAUGUUUCUUUUCUAUAAAUUCUUACCUGCUGAAAUAUUUUAUUCAUGGAAAUAAGGUAAGCAGAAAUUCUCAAUCCAUUUUGCCAGGAUUUUCCUUGUGCUGAGAUUGCCAAUCAUGGUUAAACGCAGUGUUUUUAUAGAACAAAGAAAUGAUCUUUAGUAUAAAAAUAUACUGGCAUCAAAAAUACUAAAUGUCCCACCACAUUUACUUUGAAGCCCAUUUUUGGCUGUGUAGUCAGCAUGGAGUGGGCACAAUAAUCGUUUAAUAUUUCUUUUUGUGAAAUUUCCUGUACAACCUUUUGUAGGAUUACUACAGGUUAAUGAGAGUUGAGGAAGACAAUCUUUCUCAAACAGUACGGCAUACCUUUCAUUAAAUUACAGACCUAAGUGUUUUAUGUCCUGGAGGUAAACAGCAAACUGCCCUAGGAUUAUAGUGUUACAUGCCAUAAAAAUUAUGCUUUAUUGGUCCCAUGUUUGUGCAAUUUUAAAGAGAUGGCUUUCUAUUAAUUAUAACUAUGUAUAUAUAAUUAAGAAUCGUAUUUUCCACAACUGAAAUGUGCAUUAUUUUUUUCAAAGUUUUACCAUUGCUAUUUAUUUUUACUUUUGUUUCUGAACAUUCAAUACAUGUUUCUUUUAUAUGUAUGCUUAAUUACAUGUCUUUCAUAUACAAUAUUAAAUUUUUACUGUACAUUAACUUCUAGAAAAAGCAAAUAAAUGAAGGUUGUUUUUAUUUGCUUGAUAAAGUAAUUGAAAGUGUAUUUUUGGUAUGAAGCUGGUUUUCUGUCCUAAUUGUAUCUGCCCAAAUUUUAAAAUAUCUUGUAAUAAAAUAAAAAAAUAUAUAUGAUGGCUUA